CUACGGCGCUUAGGUUUUAUUCUCUGGUCGCUCGCUGCUUCUCGUUUCGUUCCGCGGCCGCGCAGGGCAGCAGCCACUGCUCUCAGCUUUGCUUCUCUUCUCUUUUCUACCAGAUCAAAUCUUUCUUGAUUGGUUCUUUAUACGCCAAGGUUGAAAUGGCCAAAACAAAGAAUCCAACUGUCUUCUUGGAUGUGGCGAUUGGUGGAGGUCCUUCAAGAAGGAUGGUUUUUGAGCUAUUUGCUGACAUCGUCCCCAAGACUGCUGAAAAUUUUCGUGCACUCUGCACAGGUGAGAAAGGAAUUGGACCCACAACCAGGAAGCCCUUGCAUUACAAGGGAUCUAUCUUCCAUCGCAUUAUCAAAGGGUUCAUGGCACAAGGCGGCGACUUUUCAAAGCGAGAUGGAACAGGUGGAGAGAGCAUCUAUGGUGGAAAAUUUCCAGAUGAAAAUUUUCUGCUACGCCAUGAUGGUCCUGGUCUUCUAUCUAUGGCAAAUGCUGGUAGAGACACUAAUGGCUCCCAGUUCUUUAUUACUUUCAAGGCUGCUCCGCACCUUGAUGGCAAACAUGUUGUUUUUGGGAAGCUUAUUUCUGGAGAAGAAACUUUGAGGAACAUAGAGCGUGUUGAAGUCGAUGGUUCCAAACCAAUUGUUCCUGUUAAGAUUGCUAACUGUGGCGAAUUUAAUGCUAGUAAAGACCAGGGAGCUGUAGUACUCAAGAAUGACAAAAAGAAAGUUGCUAAAUCUAAAUCAGGGAAGGAUAUCUCUUCUGAUGAUGAUAUCCAUGAAGGACACCGUAGGGGACAUCAUAAGAAAUCUUCUAGAGGAAGGAGGAAGAAAAGGAAAAGAAGAUAUUAUUCAUCUGAAUCAGAUAGCUCAUCGGAUACAGAAACUGAAUCUUCAGAGUCUGACACUGAUUCUGAUUCUUAUUCAUCAUCAUCUGAUGUCAGCAGUUCAAGUGAUGACAGGCGGCGGAGAAAGAAAAAGUAUUCUAGGCGAGAGAAAUACAAGCGUGAGAAGAGGAAGAGGGAUAGGAGGCGGGAGAAAAGGCGCAGAAAGCGUGAUAGAAAAUCAAGGCACAAAUCAAGAAGGGUAUCUGACAGCGACACUGAAACAGAGGGUACAAGCAGGACCAGCUCUGAUGGUUAUGGAGAUAAUAAACGAUGCCGAGUGCGGAAAUCAAAGGUCUCUUCUCAGAUUUCUGUCGAAAACCUUCCAGCACCAGAUGUGGAGAAGGAAACAACUGCAAAUUGGCCAAAAAAGGGUGAAAUAAUUGAGAAGCCUGCAGAAAAAGAAGCCAAAUCACCAAGAGAAAACGGGGAGCCAUGGAGCAAUGGCAUCACAGAAUCAAAGUCUGACAGAGAUGAAAAUAGGCUGCCUGCUGCAGAUGGCAAGCCAAGCAAAUCUAGGAGCCAAAGCAUGAGUGCUAACCAGUCCAUGAGCAAGAGUAUGAGUAUCAGCCCCAGGAGUGCAAGCAAAAGCAGAAGUGUAAGCCCUAGAAGGUCUGUGAGCAAGAGCCCUCCUCAACGAAGCCUUAGUAGAAGCCCUGCUUGGGCAACAAAAAGGAGCAGUCUAAGUAGGAGUCCAGCUAGACGAAGCUUCAGCAGAAGCCCGGCUAGAAGUGCUAGUAGGAGCCCAGUUAGAAGAAGUGUUAGCAGAACUCCAGUGGCCAAAAUUCGUAGAAGCAUAAGCAGAAGCCCAAUUAAAGUUCGUCCAAGAAGCAUUAGCAGAAGUUCAGCAAGAUCCCUUCCUCGAAGAAGUCCUUGUAGGAGCAUGGAGAGGGCGCAUAGGCGAAGGAGUAUAAGCAGAAGCCCCAUCAGAGAAAAACAGAGGAGCAUCAGUCGAAGCCCAGCAAGGCCUCUACUGCAGAGAAGUCCUAGCAGGAGUCCGAUAAGGCCUCCCAGGAGGAGGAGUAUAAGCAGAAGCCCUGCAUGGGAUGCACGAAGGAGUCGUAGCCGAAGUCCUGUAAGGUCAACCCGAAGAAGCAUAAGCAGAAGCCCUGUAAGAGCCCGACCACAUAGAAGCAUCAGCAGAAGCUUAGUGAGUCCUGUUCGCAGGGCAGUAUCACCACCAUCUAACCAUGAUAGGAGUUUGUCAAGAAGUGCUUCCCCAGGUGGUUCACCGAAGCGCAUUAGAAGGGGUCGAGGUUUUAGUGAUAAGUACUCUUAUGCUAGAAGAUACCGGACCCCUUCUCCUGACCGUUCUGUUAGAUCUCAUCGGUAUGGUGGAAGAGGUGAUCGAGAUAGGUAUUCAAGCUACAGAAGCUACUAUGACCGGACACCCCCAAGACGAUAUAGGAGCCCUCCAAGAGGAAGAACACCAACUAGGUACAGAAGCAGGAGAAGCCGCACUCGGAGCAUUUCACGUAGCCCUGUUGGUUACCGGGGCCGGGGCCGAGGGAGAGGUGGCUACAAUAGGAGCCCAUCCCGUAGUCGUUCACCAGCUGCUGAGAGAGUGAGGUCCCGUGGUGGACGAGAUGGGGCCAAUCUGGAGAAACAUAGGUCAAUUUCCAGGAGCAGAAGCCCCUCAGGAUCGCGCUCCAGGUCUCUGUCCAGGUCCAGGACUCGGUCAUCCCCUGACACUCCCUCUCCAAUGCGCGCGGACAAGGAAAAGUCAAGGUCCCCAUCCAGCAGUUCUGGUGGAAGGAAAGGCUUGGUUUCAUAUGGAGAUGGGUCACCUGAUUCUGGUGCGAAGUAGGGAACAGAGUUUUCACGAGCUUCCACAGUUUAUUAUAUCCGGAUGUCUUAGCUGGGAACUAGAAGGAUUGGAUGCUUUCAGUACUUCGAAUGUUUCACAAAAUGUUGUUUAUCUAGGUAUUUGUUUUGCUGGGUGUGAUGGAUUUAUCCUGUACUUCAUAAUCUGCUGUUUGUCUAAUUUUCUGAGCCUGGAUUUAUAAACAUAUACCGUCUAUGAUCUUUAUGGUUCU